AUGGGCGGCACGUCGUCCACGGUAGUGGCCGCAGCAGCUCUCCAGCAGCAGCAGCAGCAACAGCAGCAACAACACCACCAGCAACAUCAUCAACAGCAACAAGAGCAACAGCAUCACCACCAACUGUCACAUCAGUUAUCACAGUCACAGGCGCAGGUCGCUGCAUCUUCUUCCACGCUGGGAGCGCUUUCACCUUCGUCCACGUCGUACUACAGCAGUUGCUGCUCAGACGUUGCAGCCGCCGCUUUGUCCUCUCUGAUGGCGUCCACCAGCCAGUUUUCUCAGUUUCAAAGUUCGCUCAACUUUGCCAGUAACAACAUCAGCCACAACAGCAAUAGCAACUGUAGCAGUAGCACAAACAACGUAAACAGUUUGGAUCACUUGUCAACAAUGGAGAAUUCAUCAAACCACACAACAUCACAGCAAACACAGGACGACCCCGAAACAGAGCAACGUCAUCAGCAACAGCAGCAACAACAGCAGCAGCAGCAGCCGCAACGACAAGAGCAGGAAGAGCUACCAGCUAUCUUGAUGGGUGCUAAUAUUCUAGAAAGUAGUAACAUAGCCAACAUUAAUCUAAUCGACAGCGAUAGGAACAAUGACUCGGACAGCAAUCAUGACAGCCUCCGGCAACACCAAACUCAGCAUCAUCGACAACAGCAACACGAUUCCGAAGCUAACGUUUCGGUUGUGGAUGAUGACAUCACUUGA